UCCUGGGAGCUGUGCUGGCCGGGCCCAGAUUGAUGCCCACGUCCCUGGGCCACCAACUUGGCCUCCACGGUCCCAGCCCAGCCUCAGCCUUUCUCCCUGUGCAUGUCUGAAGAGCAGGAACAGCGGGCAGGAUCAGCGGCCAUCCGGUCCCCCUGACCACCCCCGGACAGGAGCCACAUGGCCUGGAGGAUCCACUUCCCACUCCUGCUGCUGCUGCUGCUCCCAGGCUCCUGGGUGCUCUCAGACAGGCAGAUACUUCAAAGAGUGGUGGGAGAGACGCUGUCGGUGACGUGUAACUACCCAUCUCCCGGCGAGACCUACAAGGAGAAGAGCUUAUGUCGGGAGGUGGCAGGAUUCGUGUGCGCUAAGUUGGCCCCCAGCCCCAUGGCCCAGGGCCGGGCCCCACGGCUGUCCAUCUGGGACGAGCCUCAAGCCGGCCUGUUCAUCGUCUCCCUGGCUGAGCUCCGGGAGAAGGACUCUGGGCACUACUGGUGCUCCAUGCGCCACACCUCCAGCAACACUGUCUUCAACUCUGACAAGUUCUACUUGGCUGUGUCGCCAGCCCCCACACAGCCCUCCAAAGCUGCCUGCAAGCCCACCUCCUCGAAGACCUGGAGCUCUGUGUCCCCAACAGGAAGAAGCACCGAGACCCCUUGGGCUCCAUCUGCCUUCACCACGCCAGCGUGGCCUCAGAAUGCCACCCUCUGCCCUGGCCCUGCGGUCCCCUGUGCCCUGGUCCCUGGGUUCUGCGGACUCCUUGUCGCCAAGAGCCUGGCACUGUUGGCCCUGCUGUGGGUCUUGAGGGGCAGAUGUGUACGGUAUAGAUGGGGGUCCUGGGAGCAGCCGGCCCCAGCCCCAGGCCCACAGGGCUCCCCUGAGCCACAGGACCUGAAGCAGAAGCCCAGGGUCCCCCAGACCUGGGCCAACAGGAGCUGCUCCCUGACCUCUCGACCCUUCAGUCCAGCAAAGACAAGGCCAGAGCUCGGCUGCACCUCUCGAGCCAAACCUGAGGGUCCCCCUCAAGACCAACCACCUGCCCGUACCAGUCUGCAUCCAAGCCAGCACCGUCUUCUGAUGGGAGCAAAGCCCAGUGUGACAUCUCAGCACCCCCGAGGCCCUGGGGACCAUUCUCCCCCACCACCUCUGAGACCGGAAGUAGCUGAAGGAAAAGUGGGCGCCUCAGCCAUCAACACCUUCUGAGUUCAACACUAGCCCAGGGCUGGGAUGCCUGGGUCUAAACACGAUGGGAGACAGGAACCAGUUAACUCAUCUGAUGUACAAUAAGAACCAGGUGGCCUUCGGCAACCCUUGGCGACUCCUAAUUACCAUAUCAUUGACUAUGCAGAUUUGACCCCACCCCUGAGGGCUCUGGACACCAUGACAGUUCCACCAGGGGCAGUAAAAGGUCAAAAAUUCCACCUCCCAGCAGAGGGGCCAAGCCAAACCCCUCACUGGCAGGAGUCAAACAGCAGACCAAAGCCUCAAUCCCACCCCAAACCCUCAGCACCAAACUCUUCUCCUUGGCUGUUUCUGCCCAG